AUGGCGAGGCUCAACACCAUACCGCAAAGCUCUGAUACGCCUCACCGCACGCCAGGUCUAUAUGGGAGACCUGGCCAUGCAUCGCCCGCGUUUGCCGAUAGCCCUAUUUCUAGAGAAAGAACAACCCGCAAAUCCUAUUCAACAACAAAGGGCCGAACUGCCAUGAGCCCACAUGAAACGAAAAAAGCGAAGCCAAGCGCCAUAUUCAAUAUAUUCUCCGAUGCCGACGAUGACGGCGACGAUAAAGACGAGAGCGCACACAAUUCUUCCAGCCCACAUCAAAAACCAAGGAAAUCGAGGACCCUGAACAACACACAGGUCAACUCCUUGCUUCUUCCGCAUCCCACGACUUCUCGCUACAGACCAAUGCAUAAAUUGGAAACUGCCGACUAUGACAAAGAGAAUGACCGUUCAGAGGACGAAUAUCCGGUCUCAACUUCCCCAUCAUUCCAGGAACCGAUCCGAUCCCAGGCAUCGCAAAGAAACAUGCAACGAACCCCAACAAGAAGCAGAACGGAUCAUCGAUCUUCUAUUGAUCCCUUGCCCGCGCGCGAUGAGACAGACAACAGCUCUGACAACAAUAGCUUUCAUUCACUGGAUAAUUCACUAGAUGAUUUCAUUGUCAGCGAUAACGAAGAGCUCAGCUACGAUGAGACAUCUGACUCUGAGACAGACGACCAAGUAGCGCCACCACCCUCACCUCCUACACAAUCACCCAGAAAGAGACUCCUGAGAGGGAGGAGGCCAAACACAGAAGCGGAUGAAAUAAAGGAUUCGGCGACCCCUUCAUCGCCCAAAGAGCAUAUUCCCCUGGAACCCUCACUUCCAGAAUUGAUCAAAACACGCGCCACUAAGCUUGACACAAAACCCAGACGACUGUUCCAACACAACUCCAUUGCCAAAGGAUAUGACCAGAUUCCCCUGGAUGAAGACAAUGAGCCUCUUCCUCCAUUGGAAACAGAGCUUCCCAAAUCGGAGCCUGAACAUGGGCCCUCAUCAUUGCAGCUGACACCUCCUCGCCAGCAUCCAGAGGCACUCUUCUCCAGUCCAUCGCCAAACCGACUUCGAUCCCCAACUAAAGAGAAGAACCGCAUACCCCCAACACCACAUCGGGAGAACGUUGACGCCUUUUGGAGUCAGGAAGUCACCAACGAUUGGAUUGACCAGCAUUCCCCUCGCAAAGACAAAUCCUCCGGAGGUUCAGUUUUUGAACUGCUCCGAGAGUUUGAAGAUUCAGACUACGAACCCGAAGAAGAGACCAAUACCCCCCCAGUCAUUGAGGACGACUCGGACAUCAUGUCAAGAGACAAAAAGCCAACGACCCCCAAGACCCCCAGCAAGACCGCUCUCAAGAAGGCCGAGAUAGAGCAGAGGCGUGCUCUCCGAGCUCAGCGGGCAUCAUUCGACCAGAAGAAGGCAUCGUUUGCAGAAAACUUUCUCCAAGUCCUGGAUGAUGCAGUGGCCGACGGCGAGGUCACCCGGCUUGCAACCAAGACCGGCGGGGUCCAAAUCACCUGGAACAAAACCCUCAAAACCACCGCCGGCCGGGCCCAGUGGCGCGGAGACAAAGUGCUGACCCCCGAGGGCCUCACUACCCACCACUAUGCCUCGAUCGAGCUGGCCGAGCGUAUCAUCGACAGCGAGGACCGGCUUCUCAACACGCUGGCGCACGAGUACUGCCAUCUGGCCAACUUCAUGAUCUCCAAUGUCCACGGCCACCCGCAUGGCUCCAGCUUCAAGCGCUGGGGCUAUCGAUGCUCUGACAUGCUGAAGGACCAUCCUGUCUACGGUGGCCGCAUCGUUGUGACUACCAAACACAACUAUGCCAUCAAUUUCAAGUACGUGUGGGCUUGCCAAGGGUGCACUGUCACAUACGGCCGUCACUCGAAGAGCAUCAAGCCGGAGAGUGCCCGUUGUGGUGUCUGCCGCGGUGAGCUGCAGCAGAUCAAGCCCAAGCCUCGGAAUGUGUCGCCCAAGAAGAAUAAGCUUCCCCCGCCUGUGCGGAAGGGAGUCGUCGAUGAUGUGGCCAAUGAACUUGGUGCGGUUACGCUGUAA